UUCCCGCUUAAAGCAGCGUGGCGAACUUCAUGAGCCUUGUUUACCGCCAUUAUAAAUUAGCGCUUUCUCUCUCAAAGACGCACAACAAAAACAGAUCGUUUCGGUUUCAGAGAUUUCUUCAACUGCUCUACGAAAAUGAUUUCUUCUCUCAAAUCCGAAGAACAGAGCCAGUUACAGCUCGUUGAACGAGAAGACAUUGAAGACGAAGAGGACCUCUUCGAAUCCAUCGACAAGUUAAUUUCUCAGGGAAUCAACGCCGGAGACGUGAAGAAGCUACAAGAUGCAGGAAUCUACACCUGCAAUGGCUUGAUGAUGCAUACGAAGAAGAACUUGACGGGGAUCAAAGGUUUAUCGGAGGCUAAAGUUGAUAAGAUUUGCGAAGCUGCUGAGAAAAUAGUUAAUUUUGGUUAUAUUACUGGAAGCGAUGCUUUGCUCAAAAGAAAGUCAGUGGUCCGUAUUACAACUGGAAGCCAAGCUUUCGAUGAACUCUUAGGCGGUGGAAUUGAAACUCUGGCAAUAACGGAAGCCUUUGGGGAAUUCAGGUCUGGGAAAACACAGCUUGCACAUACCCUUUGUGUUUCUACACAGCUUCCUACUCAGAUGCGGGGAGGGAACGGCAAAGUUGCUUAUAUUGAUACCGAAGGCACGUUCCGACCUGAUAGAAUCAUCCCAAUAGCUGAGAGAUUUGGCAUGGACCCAGGAGCUGUCCUUGACAAUAUUAUCUAUGCCCGUGCAUACACUUAUGAGCAUCAGUAUAACCUGCUUCUCGGUCUGGCUGCAAAAAUGUCUGAAGAACCAUUCAGACUUCUGAUAGUGGAUUCAGUGAUUGCUCUCUUCCGCGUGGAUUUCACAGGAAGAGGAGAACUUGCAGAUCGCCAGCAAAAACUAGCACAGAUGCUCUCUCGACUGAUAAAGAUAGCUGAGGAAUUCAAUGUUGCAGUGUACAUGACCAACCAAGUUAUUGCUGAUCCAGGUGGUGGAGUGUUCAUAUCAGAUCCAAAGAAACCUGCAGGAGGGCAUGUUCUGGCCCAUGCAGCCACAAUUAGGCUGAUGUUCAGGAAAGGGAAAGGUGAACAGCGUGUGUGCAAAGUCUUUGAUGCUCCAAACCUGCCCGAGGCUGAAGCAGUUUUUCAGAUAUCAUCCGGGGGCAUUGUGGAUGCAAAGGACUAAAAGCUCAGCGACUUUUCUACAAAACUAGAGGCAGCAAAAUAGCUAAAAUGUUAAAUUUUUAUGCCAUCUACUUACACGGUUGCACUUAGAUAUCAUAUCAUAGAUGUAAUAGUCUGCUAAUUUCGAACCCUAGUUACAAGGGCCUCAGCUGUACUGCUUUAUACUCCAGAUAACAUAUGGUUAAUGUUGGGCACAACCUAAUGCCAAA